CAGAAGUGAAACGAGAUGGUCAGUGCGUAACAUCCUGUUUGAUACAGAAAAGUGGUUGAGAUAUUGCACCGUCGAUGACCGUUAGAAGAAAUAAGUGAUAACUCGUCGAUGAAACUCCUAGGCCAGUGUGAUCAGCAUGGAAACAAACGGUAGCACAAAACCAGUCCAUUUGAAAACUGCAUCAUACAUCGAAAGACUCGAGGAAGGCGCAAACAUUUCGGUGGAUCUUGGACCGAUCGAGCUCCCGGAGUGGUAUGAUGACGUAAAAUACAAAAGGGCGCAGGAAUUUUUCAAGCGUAACUUUUACGCCAUGUUCGUGGGCAAACUGUGCGGUUUGCUCGCGAUCAUUGCGGUACCGUCGAUCUUGCGGGUGCUGAUACAUACGAACCAAUCGUCCGAACCACGGACCGCUUACCGGCGCUACGUGGCUACGAUUAUGCAUACGCUCGAAUGGUACUACGAAGCGUUGGUUCCCUCGUCUAAAUCGUGGAAAUCGAUCACUUUCGUGCGAAAAACACAUGCCGGCGUAAGCAAGCAGGCGAACAGUGUCCAUCCCGGCAUGAUCAUAUCCCAGAAGGAUAUGGCAAUUACACAAUUUGGUUUCAUUGGCUACAUUAUCAUUAGCCAUCGUAAACUUGGCAUACAGUAUGGACCGGGCGAUUGGGAUGCUUUCGUACAUUUCUGGCGCGUCAUCGGGUACAUGAUGGGAAUAGAAGAUAGAUUCAACGCUUGUUCCGAUAGCUUCGAAACCACCGAGAAACGCAUGUCACUGAUAGCAAGCGAAAUUCUUCAACCGGCUCUACUCAACCGCACGUCCGAGUUCGAAAAAAUGGGCCGAGCACUCAUCGAGGGCCUCUGGUGUUUCAAUCCGUUCGUUUAUUACGAUAGCUUCCUGUUUCUCACGAUGCGUCUAAACAACAUUCCCGGUUAUCACUACUGGGACGAGGAAGCGCCCGCCAAGGCGCAUCACAAAAGCCACUACGAGCAGCUUACCCGAUACGCCCGUUUCGUGCUCUUCGCUAUAUCGUACAUUCUAUCGGUGUUGAUGAAUUUGGCCAUUUUCCGGUGGUAUUUCAACAGGCAAAUGAUUAUGUCACGAUUCCUCAUCACGCACUUUCCCUUUCUGGCGAUUCACCAGUAUGGCAUUGAGGAUGCGUACGUGCGUAUUUUAAAGUGACCAAAAUUGUGUCUACCCUCGUAAGUACAAAUUUGGUAGUCUGACCUGUGCAUUGACUAGCAGUUUCUUAACAAUCGAACGAUCUAUUUCAGUAUUUUACUACGAUUUCAGCAAUCAAACAAAGCUAAGCUUUCGUGAGGGAAAAAGUUU